GCAGAGACACGACCCUCCCUAAUGAGGAAGCUUAAGGUGUAAUGCAGCUCUGCGGCUUGUGCUGACCUCUGUCUGCUGCAGGGAGAACGGCUCAGCCCCGGUCUGACUGUUGACGUGAGUCUGGCGUUAUGACGGCAUGUAGCUCUCCUCCUAACACUACCUGACCAGUCCCGUGGACACCAUGGUUUUGUGAAAGCGAACGGAUUCAUCGACACUCUCGCUUCAUCCCAAUACACGAAGUUAUUAGUUUGUUCAUGCGCUCCGUUUUCCAGCAUGUCUUUGGAGCAACCAGCGCCGUAGCUCAGUGUGAUCUUGCUGGAGCUGCUAACCCUUAGCUCUUUCUUUAGUUAGUCCGUCCGUACAGACCUCUGUAGCACUCAAGCUAGCUGAUGUCUCGUACGGCCACUAGUUUUACACGGCUGUCAGCAUCGUCACUACCACGACAACCGGCAUCCGUCCCAGCCGGCCGACUGAUGGAAGGCUGAGGGGAACCAUGCUGAGAUUUCUCCAGAUCCUUUUAACAGGUAAUGAUAAGCCUCGGCUGCUAUUAAUGCUCAGCUAAGCUUGUUUGUGCGCUAGCUCUGAAGUAGGACCGGAGAGAAAGCUCAUGCUGCUUUGGAUUAUGUAACAGGACAACUCCUCCAACAAUCAUUUCAACUUCAGUCAGCAGUCAUGAAUUUUUCUAACUACACUAAGUUGAUACGACAGAAUUUCCUCCAGUUUUGGAGACUUGUAAUGAGUUAGAUCAGAGACCUGUAAUGUUAUAACCUCACCCUCAAUACAGAUAGCACCCUCAAAAUAUAUGUGGUGUGUGUGUGUGUGUGUGUGUGUGUGUGUGUGUGUGUGUGUGUGUGUGUGUGUGUGUGUGUUGUUUAGUUUGCUUUUGGGUGAAAUAUUGUAGUUUUUGAGAUGUAGUUGUUAAGGUUUGAGGAGCUCUUCUAUUAUGCUGCUGCUGCUGUUGAGGAAUGCCAACAUCCCCCCUGAUUGGUUUCCAUACUUAAUGACAGCAUAUCUAAAACAGUUACUAGUUAGUGUUUGCUGCAGUUUUAUGAUGUAUCUAUUAAAUAAUGCAGUAUAAUCAUCAAUCUUUUAGCUGCUCCACACACAGCAUGUAAUGCAUGGAUAUGUACAUAGACUUUGAUAUCUAUAUGUGGAGUUGGAAAAUUUCAAUAAAGAUUUAAGUUUAAAAAAAUAAAUCUUAUUUUUGUCAAAUCUAUUGUAAAACCUCGGGCUGGGCGAUAUAGGAAAAAGUUUAUCACAAUAUAUAUUUUUUCACAUCAAUCAAUAUCGAUAUGUAUCAGGAUAUAAAAAAUGAAAUUUAACAGUGCUUAUUGGUAGCUUGUCUUCUGCAAUACAAUAAGCUACUGCAUCUCUGAGGUCUUUGUGUCUCUUCAGCUCCCCUUUUCAUUGGCUAUUCGUAUAGUCUACCAAAACAUGGCAGAAUGCCGACUAUCGAAAAUCAUAUUGGUCAUGUUUUAUAUUGAUAUUGAGGGAAAUUAAUUCUUGAUAUAUAUUAUCGUUUUAUCACCCAGCCCUAGUAAAACCGAUAGUGUUUUUCCUAAUUUAUGUAUGAAUAAAGUGGUUCUGAAUUCUGCUGUUUGCCAAGUUAAGUAUGUAUAUUAGAUUGCAGUUAGCAUGGAGUAAUGGAUGAUACUAUUAAGUUUAACAAAUUCAAAGAAACAACAAUAAUACCAUGAUAAUAGCAUUGUUUAUGGGCCAUGGACUGACCAGCUUUUAUAUUAUCAACAUCGGACUUUGAGACACAACACCAAGAUAAUGAAACUAAGAUAUUGAAACACCUUCAAUGUAACUGAACAAUAUUUUACAGAGCCACAUGUUGCAGCCCCCAAAAGACCCAGUUAUCACUGAAUGACUCACUGCGUGCCACAUUAGUUUUCCUGGAGUUGUUAUGUUUACCAAAUAAACAGAGACCUGAGUAUAAAAAGCUGCUAUUGAUGGACUUUUAAUGCAUUUGUGUUUGAUGGGUCAUAAAUCUGUGUUUGUAAUCCCUCCCCAGGCCUGUUUGGUUUCCUGUGGGAAGGAGUCCAUGCUUUUGGUAAGCUAUACACAAACCUGCAGCAUCCAUUGCUAGUCCUACCUUUUUUCUGUCUAAGCAUUUUUCCUCAUCCACAGGAGGGGUCAGACUGGUGAACGGAGAGAACAAAUGUUCCGGCAGAGUCGAGGUUCUCCGCCAUGACCAGUGGGGGACUGUUUGUAACCAUGGCUGGGACUUCCGGGAGGCUGACGUGGUGUGCUUGGAGCUGGGCUGUGGCUUAGCUGAAUCUGAACAUGCAUCAUUUGGUCCAGGCAGGGGAGAGAUAUGGCUGCAGCAUGUCCAGUGCUCAGGACACGAGUCCAGUUUGACACGCUGUGCAGUUGUCCUUCAAAGUAACUCCCACUGCACCCAUGAGAAUGAUGCAGGAGUGAAAUGCUCAGGUGAAACUGAACUCUGCUUAGAGUAUUACGAGAGAUGGUUGACUUUGUGGCAUUUAUUCAUGGAUCCUUUUUUAAUUUUAUGGUCAGUUUACAUCUGCUUUACUGAUCUGUGAUACACCUGUCUUUCCUCUCAGGUACCCUUUUAAUGCCCACCCUCACCCUGCUGUCACCUCACACUGUGUUCUCUCCUGGGGAGGCCGUUCGCUUCCGCUGCAACAUCCUGCUGGGCCACCACCUCAGUGACUUCCACCUCUACAAGCAUGGAGUGUCCACGCCGCUGGUCACACAGAGAGCGGAUCAGACCCAAACCGGAGUGGAACUCACCCUGUCUGACAUUGAGACUUUCCACCAGGGCAGCUACAGUUGUAGGUAUAGGAUCAAGGGUGGCUUUCCUUCUCAGCUCCUCAGCUCUCCACCCAGCAACUCCAUCAACAUCACUGUGGGUGAGUCAUACCUGCAGUGUCUAAUCCAUAUUAAUGCACCAAAGUCCACGUCCAUACCUUAGUGUCUAGCUGUGCAACAGUGGGAAAACAUUGUCAUUCCUCCCUGACUCAGGCUGGAACAUUCCUUCACUUGAAUCAGGUUUCAUAAAGUUGUAUGACGGGUAAGGUGUCCACCCCUGCACAGUCAGCCUGUGUACUCAUCAGGCUUGUGAGCUAGAUUCACAGGAAUAGCAGCUAAUGGUAGAAGGAAACCUGUAAAUGGCUCUCUCAUGAACUUGUUGAAAUAUGGAAGAAUGUUAAAUUUUAAGCUAUGGAGCACAAACAUGUUUAUUUUUGUUGCACAAAAAGUCUAAUGUAAAUCUGUGAGAAGUACAGGAUUCUCUUGGUUUGGUUGUUGCUGGAGUCGGGCUUCUUCCUGUCUGCUGUUGGGUUCUGCUAUGUUGUCCUUCACAUAAUCUCCCAGGCAUCCUAUUAAGAUGCGCACACUAGAUCUAUGUAUCUUGCAGACAGACUCAGAGCAGUAGCGAGAGAGAGAGAACAAUAUCACCUUGUCUCAUAUGAUCAUCAGUCCCUACCAACCUUCAGAUUGUUGACAAAGAGUGUUCAUUAGAUGUCUGCACUUAAAGAAAAUUAGAUAUCAUGGACAGAGAGCACACAAGCAGCAGACACACAUAGCACCACACACUCUCUCUGAAUUAUGAAUGAUGUUUUAGUGGAAACGUUUUACUUUGGGUGAACAUUAAUCUUUGUGAAAAUGUUAUUGUGCCUUGCAGUACUGACGGUUAAUGUUUGGUCUGUGUUCUAAGACUUUUUCUCUACUAGAACUUUGUGCAGGUUGGAAAUCAGUCUGCCACCAUGCCAAAUAAGGUUUCCUAACAUUGAUCUAUUAUUUUUAUAAAAAAAAAAAAAAAAAAGAAAAACAGUUCCUGAGUCAUGUAAAGUAAGAGUUAUGGAAAAUCUUAUACCAUGAAAUAUGAUCUAUAAAACACACAUUCAGUUUCUUUUUAUGUCACAUUUAAAAAGUGUGCAAAAAUUAAAUAUGAGUCAGCGAAUUGGUUGCACCUGUACUACUGCUCAAAUACUGUAUGGGUUGCUGGCAGGGUAGUGAUUAAUAAUGGUACUAGAAAGAGCUACACAUCUGCAUAGACACUGCUUGUUGCUGAAUUCGCCUUUUGGGGAAAAAAAAGAACAACAAAACAGACAAAAUCUUAUGCCCGUUUUACUGUAUGUUGUUAGCUGUCAUGCAUGUAAAAGGGAAGAACUCAUGAUCUAAGCAUCAAGCUACACUUCAAAAUGAUUGCACUGACGUUAUGCGAGAGAUCCAGGAACCCUCAAUUGUCCUGUGUGAAUAAUUUAAUUUGCUAAAAUAAAUACUUAAGUGAUCUGAUUCAUGUGAGAUGAUCACAUGAUGGUCAUUACUGUAGUUUUGACUGCUCCUGUGUCCUGUUUUGAUACUUUGACCCUGACUAACCCGUUCAAUUCUCCUUUGGUGAUCACAGUGGAGCUCCUGACCCCCCAGCACUGGUACAACACGUCCACUGAGGCUCCUGCUGGUUCCGUCCUUAAAGGCCACAGCUUUAACAUCACCUGCUCCACUCUGCAGCAGUACCCCGGAGGCUCCUUCCAGCUGCGUCUGAUACGUUCCAACGGGACAGUGCGCCAGUCUCUGCCUGCCCUCACUCCAUCUGUCACUUUUACUUUUUCCAACGCACAGAGCUCUAAUGAGGGCUACUACUACUGCCUGUACCGGGUGCAGCUGGGUGGACGCACCUUUGUUUCCAGAGAGAGUCAGCCCCUGCCUAUAGCCAUUAGAGGUGAAAAAACACAUACAGUGGAGACAGACAAAUACAGAUGAGACACAAAUCAGACACAAUGACUCACUGAGUGUUUUUCUCUUCUCUUCAGACCCAGAUCCAGUCCUGAGUCCAAUGGUGAUCAGCUGGCUUGUGUCUGGUGUGACAUUUGUUGUUGCUGUCAUAAUUAUUAUUAUUGUGGCCAAGGUGCUGUGUAACAAGGAGAAGAAGCCCUCUGAGUUGGAGAGAGAGACCAGAACCUGUAUGUUCAUUUUCCCUCGUGGACAGAAAUGUGGUUUUUAGCAGAGAUGUAGCUUUUGUGCCUGAAAUAACACGUGUGUUUCUGUUCACAGGUGUGGACAACACUUAUGUUGCCUUAUCAAUCAACAAGCUAUGACUGAGACUUCUGGCAACAAACGAGAGGUAAAGAAAGUCUUAAUACUUGCAAAUACUAUUGCUGUAAUACUGGACAGUUCAAGUGUGUGAGUUAAGGUGAAGCACUUUGUCUAUCUCAUGAACAGACUGAAGGCUUCAUGGGUAAUUCAGGCAGCAGUGGAUGUAAUCCUGAACAAAACAGCUCGGCUGGUUCUCCCUCAUCUCUAAGGAAAAGGCGCCGCCUGGACUCGGUUUGUCUCAGUCAAGAUGUGGCGCAGUUUUUAGUAGACACUACCAUAGACAAACCUAAGACCACACAGAAGACUUCCAGGACACAACUGUACAGAUAGAGUAAGAUGUACGCUUAAGAGACAGACAUGGACAUUGAGAGCUGUGCUUGCUUUUGUUUCUUUAAAUGCAGUUAUCUCCAGAAUAUUGUUCAGUUAUUUUCAUUAUCUUUGUUAGAACAACUUAUCAGAAAAAAUAUGUUUUCUCAAAGUAUCAAGAGAGUUCUGAGAAUGAUUACAGUUCAAAUGUUAAGAUUAUUGGCUACUCCUAAGACAAAGCCCUUUAUGUUUAAGACUUAACUAAAACACAGUUGAUGCAGUGAUCAAAAAUGUCAUUUUUAGUUUAAAUCAGUUUCUAAUAUUAAACUUAUCAUCUAGAGAUAACUUCAUAUAAAGAAAGCUAGUAUGGAUGUUGACAGUAAAAAGGAUUUCCUCAGAAUGUGGUUUCAUCUUGACUUCAGGUUCACUUUGACUCGCUGACUGCUCUGGUGUGGAAUGUGUUGAGAAAACUACGUCUGAAAGUUAAACUGUGGAAACUCAUGUGCUCCUCGGGCCUAUGUGUGUAAUCGCAGUUAAAAAACAAACAAAACAGUCUUUUCUAUUUAUUACCAGACCACACUAAUGAAAGCCCCACUAGCUUGUAAGGUAUUAUCUUCUACUGAUCAAUGAUCCUUGAAGGAUUAGAUGUUUUUGUAUUUUAAGUCUUACCCUACUAUGCAUCUUUUGUUGUUUAAACUAUGUACAUUAUUGCACUUUUAAGUGUGUAAAUGGGAGAUGUAGUCGAUUAAAACGCUGUUUGUAGAGCUGUUGGGUUCAGCAAGUUUUGUUUGACAGAUAGCAUUAUUGGCUGUACUGUUGGGAUUUUCUGUAGCAUCAGAUCAAACCUAAAGAAAAAGAUUGAACAUACUGCAUACUUGUGUGUUUACUUUUAUACCUCUCAGCAUUGAAAAAUCCUUCCCCUGAAUAAAUCACCCAAAGCUUCAAGUGUUUGAAUGUACAAGCUUUUUUAUAGUUUGAGUACAAACAGAAAAACGUGAGACUCCACAGGAUGUAAAGGUUGUAAAAUGUAAAAAACUUUAUGACUUCAACAAAGGAUUAACGUCUUGCUAUGUAGUCAGUGUCAUAUUUUCCCCACACAAUAAAGCUUUUCUUAGAUAAUAUAUUGAACACUGAAAAAACAUCAACACCAAUUAACACUAAAAAAACAACGAGGCACUUUGAUGAAAUCGGUCUUAAGUGUAUUCUAGUAUAAUUAUUUCUGCCUUUUACCAUUUACUUACAGUGGGAAGAUUGUAGUACCCACCGACAACGCAAAAUACAAGAAUCAGGUAAAUCAUCCUAUUAGUGCUAUGCACAACACAAAAGAUUACACCAUUUUUAAGAAGCACAAUGAAAUGAAAAUAGGUUUGGUAUGCUGUUGCAGCAUCUUUGAUAUGAAACUGCAGUCGGUUGAUGCGCGGUUAUAGAAAUGUAGUGCUGUGUGGUCUUUGGAGCAACUAUAAAAAGAAGAAAGUUCACAUACAAGUAAAAUGAGAACUGUUCUUCUCAUAUCACAUAAUAUUUAAUGUAAUGAAAAUUUAUACGAUACUGCUGUCAACAGAUAAUGUCUGUUAAGAAAAACAGAUCCACUGUUAGCAGUUGGUGUGUCAGUGGAGGUUAUUGUUGAAGCUUUAGGGUGUGAAGGAGUCGACUAAAUUGCUUUGCCGUUUGUAGUGUCCAAUAUACCAACUCUUCAUACAGCUGUCUAAAUAGAAGAAUGAUAAAAGCUGCUGUUGUAAUUGUCCUUUUUUUCCAGUGACCUGUCGUUGUAAACUUCUACUUUCAUCUAAGUUUUGCUGGUUAUGAAGAUUACUGACAAAUAUAUUUUUACCUUUAAGGAAAUGAACUGCAAUCCAAUUGCACCAAGAUAUCUCAAAAACCUUAAAAUGACUUUUGUCCAAUAUAAAUGUAAAAAUCAAAAAUACAUUCUCCAUUUUAAAAUGCAUAAUGGAGUGUAAACACUCCAACAAACUGAACAAGAGUAAAACCAAAAUCAAUCGAUCACUUUGAGCUGCUCGUUCGUCUCCAUAUUGGAAAACACGAUAUAGAGGAAGACGGCCACAGCCAGGAAGAAAAGAAACUGAACCCAGAGCGGGACGAGGCGAGACGACUCGGCUGGGGGUGGUGCUUCUUGGGCAGGUUUUACAGGUGUUGAUUUCAAAUAGGAAGAUCUGUAGGUGGAGGGUGUGUCGUACAUGUCAGGUCUGAAAAGGGGACAGAGAUAUUACUGCAUACCAGAGGUCAGAUUCUCCACUACAAACUAGCACCCUUUCAGUUAAAAAUGAGGUGCUCUUUGCCACACAGAUGCUGCUGUUACUUUUAGUAGUUACGUACUUACUCAUUGGCAAAAUUCCUUCGGCUGUAAUCAGGCUGAGGCCGAGAGAAGCUUUUGUAGGACCUUCUGUUAUAGAAUGAUAUACAUUGUUACACGUGAUGAAACAGUUUGUAUUUCUAAAACAGCAUGUGUAUGAAAAGCUUACUCUUGUUCUCUCUCAUCAUACACUGGUCUUGACCUCAGAAAAGACCUGCUGAAUGAACAAGAAAAAAAGGAAUUGUUAAAUACAACAUUUAUGUGAUCUGAUGGGGUUGAAAUAAUGGGGCUAUCGCCCCACAAAAUUCACAUCAACAUGUCUUAUUCCAACUUACUCCUGCUCUCUUUCAGUCCACU